AUGACUGAAGUUACAAUGCAAGAUGCCGUACAAAGGCUGGUGAACAAUGAUACGGCCAACACACAGAAAAUCACCUCGUUGGAAAGACAACUUGAUGACUUAGUGAAGUCCUUUGAAGAUUAUCGUGUCCAAAACGAAGAAACCACAAAAAACCAGAUUCAAGCUUUAUCAGAUAGCUUGAUGGAACGUCUGCAUUCUCUUCAAAACCUGACAGAAUCAAAUCAAGAGGCAAACAAUAUAAAACUGAAACAGUUAGAACUUGAUAGAACGAAUGACAUGGACCGAGUAUUCGAAAAGCUAGACGCCAUAACCCGUACGAUGAAUGCUUAUCCUCAAACAAUGAAGAUAAAAGAAACCAAAUCAGAACAACAAUCAAUAGGGCGAGAUGUUGAUACAAGAACGACGAUCGGUGCGGACAACAUAACGACCCCCAUUAAUAGACGUCCGUACGGAACAAUUCCCUAUUCUACAGAAACCGAAACACAGCGUCAUACUACGGCAGCGCAGUCUUUAGCCUUGAAUGGCAUACGACAUUCAAUUAUUGUACCACCCGCUUCCGCUGCUCCUGCUUUUCAUGGAAAACAUAAUGAAAGUCCGACUCAAUUCUUAAUUCGCGUCGAAGAAUAUGCCGAAUCAGUUCAUGCAUGGGAUAGUGACACACUACUCAAGGGCAUAUCUCAAUUUCUCCGAGAUUCUGCUUUAGAAUGGCAUUGCCAACUGCGUUUCUCUCCUAAUCGUCCAGAAACAUGGUGCGAAUUCAAAGAAGCGUUUCUUGCCCAAUUUAAUUCGCCUGUCCGAAAAGCUCGGCAAGAGCAAGAAUGGCACGAAUGUAAGCAAAAAGAAAAUGAAACGAUCAACGAAUUUUUAGUUCGUCUUCGCGCGUUGUGGAGAGAACAAAAGCCAAAAGAAAGUGAAAGCGACCUCGUUAAACAUCUCUUCUGUCGAAUGCGCAAUGAUUUAUUAAACAUGUUAGGUGUUAGACGUGAUGCAUCAUUAGAAGAAGUUAUUUAUGAAGUGCAACAAAUAGAAGAUGUAUUAUAUCGACGAGCCAAGGGAGAACGUUUGACAAAACAAUUGAAACAAGCGUCGUAUAGAGAUGAUAGUACAGGUGCGAAAAGAAAUAAUGCAUUUCAUCCACGAGGAGCAACUUCACGACAAAAUCAGGACGAUCAAUAUAAUAACUAUACUAGUGGACGAAAUUUCCAAAUCAAUACAGUCACUCCCAACUAUUACCCUCGAAAUCGAAAUACCAUAAAGACUAACACAAAUUUAAAACCACUCAUGGGAUC